ACUCUCGACUGUCCCCUUACUAGCAUUUUUUGCUGACACUCAGAGGCUAAAGGACUGUCAACUGUAACGUCUGGUGUUGUUUUAUUUCUUUGUUUUGUUUUAUUCUUUUCCUAAAAACCGCAAGAGUCCGGAUACAUUUUAGGACGUUGACGAUAAUGGGCUUAUGCAGCUAGUCUUUAUAAUGUCUUUACAUGUCAAAUCUAAUUGCGUCUGCAUAUUCUGAGCGCUUUCUGAUCCCCUUUGCUUAAUCCGUGCACUGAUUGUACGCUCUUGAAUGAUUUAAAGCACGUCAUUAGUGUAGGUCAGUGGUACAGAUCAGGUAAAACUAAAGCAGCCUACACCGAGUUAGUCUUGAGGAGAGCUGAUGUGGAGCAGUGUUUCGGCCCUGCCUCCCUCUUUUACAUACAGUACACACAGCAGUCCUACCUGAGAUUAUUAUCCACCUCCUGUCUCCUGCACAACACCUGUGAGGGAAAGGCGAGACGUGGAUUUACGCGAUGAACUAAGACAAUAUUUAGUACUUAUGAAUUUCAAAUUUCUAAUUUCUAACAUAUAUUAUUAUUGUCAUAUAUAUUUAAAAGACUUGAAAUUUUUUUGCGCUGAUUAGCGUUGAUGCAUUUCUGGCUGAAUUCAUAGAGGUAUCGCAUCAUGUCAAAAUCGUCAGAUCAGUUUGACAACUCAGACUGCGUGUGUUCGUUCGGAAUGAAGCUGACGUGGGACAUUAACGACCCUAAACUUCCACAGGACACAAAGCAGUAUGAUGCAUUUCAGGAGUGGACAGAUGGUUAUGUUCGAUACAUAUACAGUGCGGAAGACAAAAACGCACAGCGCCAUUUGAGCGGCUGGGCCAUGCGCAACACCAACAACCACAACUGUCAAAUCUUGAAAAAAUCCUGCUUGGGCGUCGUGGUUUGCUCAAGAAACUGCACACUGUCAGACGGCACCAAACUCCAACUGCGGCCUGCCAUUUGUGAUAAAGCCCGACAGAAGCAGCAAAAAAAACUUUGUCCCAACUGCAGCGCGGCUCUAGAGCUGGUUCCGUGUCGUGGACAUAGCGGUUAUCCGGUCACCAAUUUCUGGAGAGUGGACGGCAAAGCCAUAUUUUUCCAGGCUAAAGGCGUUCAUGACCAUCCGCGACCUGAGAGUAAGUCGGAAACCGAGGCGAGAAGAAGCGCAGUGAAAAGAAGGAUGGCUUCCCCUCACUUCUCGCAGAAAAGGAGACUUGUGGAACCAGAGCCUGGCCGCUACCAUGAUAUGCCCUUCCCCAACAUCCACCAGCUCACCAUGGAGACCCCUGAUCGUUUCAGCAUCAUUGCUGAAUCCAAUUUCCCCAUCCAGACGCAGCACUACACACCAUUCCAAAACACGGAGCCUUACAAGUUCCCCUAUGAUACACAUGCUCCAGCAGCCAUGGCUGAUGCUGCAAGCCCUCUGCAAAAACCUUCUAACCACCGCCUGUACAUGGCAAGACCCCCAUGUGGAUAUGACUUUGCAGUGCCAGGCUACCUCAGUUCUACACCCUAUCCCACAGCACUCUAUAAGGACCCUGCCAGCCCUCACAGUGAGGCUGAACUCAAUAAAAGUUGUUCUGGCCUGAGUGGGAUGCCUCACACAACCAGCUCACUCCCAAACCAUGAGCGUUCUUAUCCAGAUGCCACCAACAAGCACCAUAGCUGGAAGCAGAUCCUGGGCAAAGGGCCAUAUGGAGAGAGAGGGGAAUACCCACAGCUUUCUGCAAACACCAACCAUUAUUACAACACUGAAUACCCAUGCAGGUACACAGGACCCACUCCAACUACUCCAACAGCCCUUCAGACCAUCAUAACCACCACCACUAAAGUGUCCUACCAGCCCUGUCCUAAACCAUCUGUGGUAAAAUACGGUGAGAGUAUCUAUGACAUGAAGGGUCUGUCAAACUGUAACUCUCUCAUAGAGGAGACCUCCCCCAACUCCUACUCUGACCUGAAGAUCCCAGAGGAUUCAAGUGUCAUAAAAACAGCUCUGUCCUACCAGGAUUCAGUCCCCACAAAAAUUGAAAGAACUGAGAACUUUGAAGGCUACCGUUACAGCAGCUACAGCUCCAACGGCUGCCCCGAGAGACUGGCACAUCCAUACAGGUAUGAAGGUGGAGAGUACUGAUCUACUGCUUCAGGGCUAAUUAUCAGGAGACAAGAAGAGGAGAAAAAAAGACUAAAUUGCUGAUGAUUUUUGAGUAAGCCAAAUAAUAUCUGCUUAAAAUGACCAUAAUACAUUUGUUCAGUGUACAUAUGCAUAGCUAUUUAUAAAUAGUAUUCAAACUUUUAGCUGAAAAUAUAUUUGUGUAGUUACCUCAUUUGAUCAAAUGUGCAACACAAAACAUUUCAUUAUACUGCUGAUUUAGCCAGAACAAUGGAUUAUGUUAAAUGUUGAAUAAAAAUUUAUUUUGUAUGUUGGUAAAUUAUGAGUAGAGGUCUACUGAAAUCAAAUGUUUUUGAUGUUAUAAAAAGUCAAAAUUGAACUCAAAAUAAAUGUGACACCAAGUUGUUCAGAA